AUGUCUUCCUCAAGUUUUUCACCAGCAGCCCCACCAGUCUUCAAUGGAGAUGGCUUCCACAUAUGGCUGGUCAAGAUGAAGACUUACCUGCAGGCCUUUGAUCUGUGGGAAGUUGUUAACACAGAUGCUGAGCCAGCACCACUGAGGGCUAAUCCCACAGUAGCUCAGAUAAGGCAGCAUGCUGAUGAGAGGACCAAAAGGCAUAAAGCCAUGUCCGCAUCCGAAUGUAUCGAUGUCAUCUUCACGAAUUAUGGCUGUGAGACUCCAAAACAGGCUGGGAUAAGCUUAAGGAGGAGUUUCAAGAUAAGGCUCCUUGGUGAGCACUUUGAUGAGGCAAGAAUUGUGGAAAAGGUCCUCUCCACUUUGCCUGAGAGAUAUGAGGCCAAGAUAUCCUCCUUAGAGGACUCAAGAGACCUUGCUACCAUCUCUUUGACUGAGCUAAUCAACACUUUCUAUGCUCAGGAACAAAGGAGAGCUAGCAGAGCUGAAGAUCACCAGGAAGGUGCAUUCAAUGCCAAGGCCAGAGAAGCCUCGAGCUUCAAAGCUCCAAGAGGCAAAAGGCCUUGGAAAAACAGGCCUAAGACUGAUACUGCAAGGAGUAAUGACCAGCCCUGCAGACAUUGCAAGAGGCCAGGUCAUCCAGAAGACAGAUGCUGGUUUAGGCCAGAUGCAGUAUGCCAACACUGCAAGAAGAAGGGCCAUGUUGAAAGGGUCUGUAAAAACAGGAGUAAGCCAAGGCAGAAUCAAUUUCAGAAGUCAAAGGUUGAAGCUCGAGUAGCUGAGGACAGUAGUGACCAAGAAGAAUGUGUCUUUCUUGUUUCUCGCUUAGUUGUUCGAAGAAAUGCUCAAAAAUUUGGUUCUUUGACGCGUGGUUGCACUAACCACAUGUCACCGAGAUGCCUCCUUGUUUAA